CAUCUAGAUGUCAAUUACUGUCUACUUAGAGUUCGUGAAGUUCUGUGUGCUUAGAGUUCUCGUGGAAAAUGCAUUCCGCUCAGGUCAUUGGCCAUCAGACACGCCAUACAGAGUUUAUUUAUAUUAAAUAAACACCUAAUGUAAAAACACCAUAAUGGAACAAUUCAAACUCAGUGGGAGUGGAGGAACGAUGGCUCUAUACCUCCAUUACCUGCUGCAGUAGAGGGGUUGAUGAGAGGCAGUUGGAAUAUGAGGAUGGACCCCAGUGAUACCUACCCUACUACCAGGGGCUGUCUCCUAACAGAAUGUCCUUGGUGGAUGAGAUGGAAGAGUGCUAGUACACUGAGGAGGUUUUUGCCUGAUGUAUGGAAGCCUCUGGUGCCAUUACUCAGCUUUAGUGCCACCCUAUUGGUCAUGGUGUUGUAUGCCCUGGCAGAUCGGCUCCACAGCUUUGUUGCUGAUAUCUUCUUUCCCCAGUACCACUACCCGUUUGCUGUACCAAUCACAUUUGUCCAGGUGCUGGUGACUCUGCUAUACUUGCUGCUCCUCCAUGCCAUGGGCCUGGCACCACUGAAGCCCUACUCUCUGUCUCUGGGAGAGCGCCUGCUGGUGCCUUCUAUCUGUGGCAGUGCCCAAGCUGUGCUGGGUGUGUGGGCAGAGGCCAGUUCCCACUCUGGCAUGUACGCCCUCACCAUGCGCCUGCUGCCUCUACUCUGUGUGGGCUGGAGUCACGGCCUGCGGCUGGCAGAACCGCCAUCGGUCCACCUAACAGGCCUUAUUACGGUCAUCACUUUCACCUCCGUCACUAUCACAGCGUCUCAGGGUCUCCCGUCAGUGGAGGUUCUGGAGUGUCUCUACGCCCCGCUGGCCCUCCUUCUCCACAGCCUUUCUCUGACCUGGCUGGCCAAGGUGGCUGAGACCGAGCACCGGUGCCACAGCAGCUCCUACACCUCGCCUUUUGACCUGUACUUCACCCUGAUGGUGAACCAGAGCCUGGUGCUUGGCUUCCUGUGCCUGCUGCACCCAGAGGGCCCCCGGGCACUGGGCGAGGGUAGCUGGCACAGCCUGCUCUUCAUGGGCUACCUGCUGGCAAUACUGCUGCUGGGAGCUCUACAGCACCUCUUCAUGGACAUGGCCGCUCUGACCUUCUCACCGCUGGCUGCAGCGCUACUCCACACGGCACACGGAUUAACAAGACCGUUGUACAGCCUGUUGUAGAUGAUCCAACAUGGAGGAGGAUGAAGUUGACUAUAGAGACUAGUCAGAAGUCAGUUGCCUCCCUCAAAUCAAAUUGCAUUUGUCACAUACACAUGGUUAGCAGAUGUUAAUGCGAGUGUAGCAAAAUGCUUGUGCUUCUGGUUCCGACAGCGCAGUAAUAUCUAACAAUUCCCCAUCUACUUAAUACACACAAAUCUAAAAGGGGUGAAUGAGAAUAUGUACAUAUAAAUAUAUGAAUGAGCGGCAUAGUUGGCAUAAAAUACAGUAUAUACAUAUGACAUUAUAUAUAAACAUUAUUAAAGUGGCAUUGUUUAAAGUGACUAGUGAUCCAUUUGUAAAAGUGGCCAGUGAUUGGGUCUCCAUGUAUGCAGCAGCCUCUCGGAGUUAGUAAUUGCUGUUUAGCAGUCUGAUAGCCUUGAGAUAGAGGCUGUUUUUCAGUCUCUCGGUCCCUGCUUUGAUGCACCUGUACUGACCUCGCCUUCUGGAUGGUAGUGGUGUGAACAGGCAGUGGCUCGGGUGGUUGUUGUCUUUGAUCUUUUUUGCCUUCCUGUGACAUCGGGUGCUAUAGGUGUCAUGGAGGGCAGGUAGUUUGCCCCCGGUGAUGCGUUGUGCAGACCACACCACCCUCUGGAGAGCCUUGCAGUUGACGGUGGAGCAGUUGCUGUACCAGGCUGUGAUACAGCCUGACAGGAUGCUCUCGAUUGUGGAUCUGUAAAAGUUAAUGGUUAAAGGGAGGAUUUGGCAAGGAUAAUCUGAUCCUAGAUCUAUGUCUAUAUGGUCAACUUCUACUAGUAGCAGGAUAGUUGUACUACAGAGCAGUAUUAUUCACUCUCUGUAGUACAAAGUCUUCAACCCCUAGGUGCAGCACUUUUAUUACCAGCGCCUUGUGUUCCUUCUUAUCCUGUAUAUCAUACUUACUACUGAACCUAUAGAAAAUGGUUUGAAAAGGCACUCAAUAUGUAGGGAGACUGGAUAAAAUCUUGCACUGGAUUAUCAACCAUACAGAAAUGAUCAGAAUGUGACUGGGAAUAUGUCAUAAGGCUGCUACUUUAGAGUGGUGUAAUUGAUAAACUAAAUGAUAAGCAAUACAGUUCAAGUGUUAACCUAUAAAGAUACACUGUCUACCUCAAGGUUUUUCAAAUCCCCACAUGCAACAAUAAAAGUUAACAGUG